CCGGCAGUGGAGAUAUCAACUACGCUGAGGUCCACGUGUGUCCUGUAUUGAAGUCUGGCUCCACAACUACAUUUUGCUUCACUGUGAACUUAAUCUUUUCCUGUAUUAUACAACACUGUACGUUGUUGAGGAAAAACCGGCGCCUACUGAAAGAAGCAGUUCCCAAAAAAUUCAUUUUGGGUGAAGACGGAAACUGGCUUGUUGGAACACCUCAAAGUUUCUGUGGUGGAAUAAGUAAUAAAACUCGAAAACGAAUCCGGAAUCCUGAACAUUUGAAGGUCCCAGGGACAUUUGAUGAUGUUGCAGCUCCUGACGGGAAGAAUUUAGAAGAGUGGCAAAAGGAGCUUUACAAAAAAGUGAUAAAGGACAAUUAUGAAUCUUUAAUCUCACUGGGUAAAGUCUCCAUACAUGAUAUGCAGUCAAGAGAAGAGCUACGUGUCAAGGCUCAGCAGGGCUUGGAGGAAAGAGAAAUGUCUAUGAAUCCUAGCAUAGAUGAAAUGAAUGUUUGGAUUCUUUUUAUUCCAGUGGAUGAUGGGAUUGUGAUCAAAACUGAAGUGCAGGAUAAUGAGGAAGCUCCAGAAAAUGUGGAACUGCAUGGAUCGUUUUCAGGAAGAUCAGAAGACCUGGUUUUCCAAACUCCUGACAAUGGAAUAACUUGUGAGAGUAAUUGGAGCACAGAAACAGAGCCGAGGAGUCUUACUGGAAGCAGAAUGGGUAACUCUACUCUUGGGAAAGGAGAUUCCAAUAAAUUCAAAGGUAUCCUUUUCUACCAGGAGACACCCACAGGAGAGAGACUAUAUCUAUGUACAGAAUGUAAGAAAACCUUUAAAUUGAAGAUAGGUCUUUUAAAACACAAGCGAAUUCAUGCAAAAAAGAGUCCGGUAUCAUCAUACAUAUGUACAGACUGUGGAAAAAGCUUUGGUCGCCAUGCAGAUCUUAUUCGACACCAGAGAACUCACACGGGAGAGAGACCCUAUAAAUGUACAGAAUGCGAGAAAAGCUUUACUGAGAAACCAAGACUUACUAAUCACUUACGAACUCACAACAUAUGCCUGUAACCACUGUGGCAAAAGCUUUAUGGGAACUGAUUUUCCACUCAGUCAUCAACAAAUCCCUCUGAGAAUAUGAACCAUACAUAUGUACCGACUGUAGGAAAAGCUUUUGUGUAGAAGACCUUUUAUAACACUGAAUUGAACUCAAGCAUGGGACGGACCAGUCAUUUUAGCUCGUCUGUUUAAACCGUGAGAAGCAACUGAAUUUAUUAACUAUCAAAAUGAUUCAUGAAAGGGGGGAGAACGGACACAAAAAAGCGUAUUGACUAUACCAAAAAUUUAAUUUAAAAAAGCAUAUUCUAGAACACCAACUAACCUAUACUAGAGAGAGACUGUAUCAUUGCAGAAAAUGUGGGAGAAGUUUCACUUGAGGAACCUUUGACCACAUCAGAGAAUUUACGGAACAGAGCAAGAUCAUUCACAGAAUUUUAGAUAGAAAUUAGAGCUUCAAAGAGCCUUAGAUCAGUUUAAGAGAUUGGCCUUCUUGAUGUAAAAAUAGGAAAUAAAUGGGAAAGUCCAUUAAGCACACGCAAAUGAUAGUGGUGCCAGCAGUGCAUGUUAGUAUGGCCAAAGACAAAAUGUAGUUCAAACUUCCACAAUUUAGAGUAAUUUAUAGCACACGAGAUGCAGGCUUCAUUUUUGAGCUCCUGGAAGAGAAAACAAAAAUGGAUAAUGUUCUCCUUUCUGUCGCUUCUGUGCAACAUGAAAGAUGAGAGGCAAAACUGAUGUGGGAUUAUUCUUCUCUCUAAACCAAAAGCAGCACUGGCUCCAACUUAAGAGGAAGUGUCAGCAGAUGGAGAUAGGGGGAAAAAAUAGUGGUGUCUUCUGCUUAAAAACAUAAUCAAACACAGGUCAGAAAAUCUUACCAAACCUGUGCAUUUUGUUAAAUGCCUUGCUUAAAGGUGGCCUGCAAAGGAUUAAAAAACACCUGUAUUUUGUGCCGUUUUUUUAAACCUUAUGAUGUGGACUUUCUUGCUGGGGGGGGGGGGGGGGGGGGGGGGGAGGGCGGCAAAGUGGGUGUUAAAAUAAAUCCUCCAAAUUCUGUAGGAUGUUGAUUUUAACAUUGCCCAAUUGUGCCUACAUAUGAGCAGUUAGGGAGAACUAAAGAGGGGGAAAAAGAGUAAAAUUUUGUAUUGUAUGAUCAUUUGUUACAAUGAAGAGUGCUAUGUUGUAGUAUACAUGACAUUUGUUUUCAGUGAAUGAUGCCUGAUGUUCGACUGGAAAAUCCAGUCAAAAAGGGGACCUGACAGUGUUCGGACAGAUCUACUGACAGACAACCAAAGUCCCAUCACAGAGGUCAGGGAGGUGCCUGGUCACUAAUCUGUGCCAACUCCUACUCAGCUGGGGCCUCCUCCUACCUGUGUUGGGCAGCUGCAGCUCCCAGCCCUGCCUUUGCAGGCGUGUACCUCCCGACCAGGGCAGAGAGGGGAAAAGCAGUGAGCGACUGAGGUGGGGUCUUGGGGGAAGAGGUGGGCCAGAGGUGGGGUCUUGAGGGCAGGGGCAGUGUUGUUCCAGCUGGAGUGUCCGGUUUUUAAAUACAAAGUUGGCAACCCUACUGGAAACUGAACUGAUGGGGAGGUUCGCCAAGAUUAUUAUUAUUCUAAUUGCUCUAACUUAAUCUUAUUUUUUCUCUAUUAAAUGUUUGUAUUAUUAACUAGCAGGUAAGCAGUUAAAAGAAUUAAUUUUGCAAGAUGCACAUUGAAUAGAGCAAAAGGUGGUCCACGGACUGCUUGGUGGUGGGUAUGCAGAGAGUUGUCUGGUCUCAUGUUGCUGACUUCUCCUUCCAACUGCUAAAUCGCAUGAGAGACAACUAAACCUACAUUAAAUACUUUCCAAUUAUUACUUUCCCAAGUAAGCAGUUCCUGGAGAAUGAUAUGCACUCCUAAAUAGGGAUUCUCUGCAAUCACGAAUGAGUGGGCAUUUGAUCCCCUAAAUGAUCUCUGCAUUAAAAUGUGAUUCAAACCAUGAAAUGGUUCAAGAACCCCCUGAAAUAGAGGGCUGAAUCUGGCACUCUAGUUACACUCCUGCAAUUGGUGGCUCAGGUGCAACCCAGAGCAGAAUCUGGUCAAACAACUCUGUAGAAUGUUUCCCCCUCUUGCUCAACAAGUACAACAGCAAAAGUAGUUUCCACCCUUGGGAAGGAUCCAUGUGGUAGCAAUAGCUCAGUUCCAGAGGUCUUACUGAGCAAAUAUUGAUGAUAGGUAGAAGAUAAAUGCAGAACAUCCAACAUCACAAGUAAACAAUAGCUACUGAGGAUGCAAAACUUUAUCAGCUUGUGGAGCAUGACCCUCAUGCUCCACAAGUGCUAUGCAGAAUAAAAGUAGGACCUAGCAUUUAUAUAUAGGCUUGGCAGAAUUUGAUUUUUUAAAUAUACUUUUAGCAGAUGAGUGUAUUUUAAGCAUUUGAAAUUUUUUUAAUUGAUUUACAUUUUCACUCGUGAAAAAUUAUAGGUUUUAAGCAUUUUUUGUUUAUCAGUUUGAAUUUUCACAGUUGUAGGAAAUUGGGGGAUCAGACAAUUAUUUAAAGAUGGUAGACAUUGAGAUGCAAAAAGUUAAAGCUUUAUAAACCAUUAAACACAAAUUUUCAACAUCACAUGUCAAAAUAUCCUUAAAUCAACAAAUCCUACCUGUUUUUAUUAUUCAUUCUCUAGUCCAUUUGUAACGAGCCUUAUUCGGAAGUCUGUCACUGGAUUUAACUUUAAUAAGUUCUCAAUCCGCAUUUUUCUUUGCCUAUCUGUAAACAGCAGUUAUUAUUGAUGGAAAUAUUUUUUGUUGAUUUGUGCUUACAUGUGGUGAAAUUGACAUUUUCUGACAUUUAUUGAUAAAAAUCCAAUCUUUCCAAGC